GCGUUUUCCUAUAAAUAACCGCACAUAUGGAUGUUUGUCUACCACGGACGACUAUAUGGUUAGCGCCGAGUUAGCUGUCGUGUUAGCCGGGUUAGAUUCGAGCAGGGGAACGGGUUGUCUCGCCUGGUUUGUUGACUUAGCCUCCUCAGCCACCCACUCCACGUUAGCCACACCAGCGCUAGCUCGCUCACCUAAACCCGUGGGAGGCUGAGCACGGGAGGCCUCGAUGCUAACGCUAGCCUGACUCGCUUGUGAUUAUAGAUGGAACAAUAGACACAACAUAGAGCUCGGGACUGACCCCGGGGGAGACACUGGUACACCCGACCAGAAGCGAGUGGACGGGGGGGGGGGGACACUUUACUUUUCUUUCCGUGUCUUGUUGUUGCUGCGGCCGGAAGGGCAAUGGAAGGGGAAGAGUUUGUCCCUCCUCCGGAGUGUCCAGUAUUUGAGCCGACAUGGGAGGAGUUUCUGGAUCCCCUGGGCUACAUCGCCAAGAUACGUCCAAUUGCAGAGAAGUCUGGAAUCUGCAAAAUCCGACCCCCACAAGAUUGGCAGCCACCGUUUUCAGUGGAGUUGGACACCUUUCGCUUCACACCACGCAUGCAAAGGCUCAAUGAGCUUGAGGCGGAGACCAGAGUAAAGCUUAAUUAUUUGGACCGCAUCGCCAGGUUUUGGGAAGUCCAGGCGUCCUCGUUGAAAAUCCCCCAUAUUGAAAGACGCAUCCUCGAUCUUUUCAGCCUGUCAAAGAUUGUGACGGGUGAGGGGGGCUUUGAGAUGGUCUGUAAGGAGCGCCGCUGGGCUCGGGUGGCCCAGAGGCUUGGCUACCCUCCAGGCAAGAACAUCGGCUCUCUGCUGCGCUCCCACUACGAGAGGAUCGUCUUCCCCUUCGAAGUGUCCCAGUCGGGUGCCAGCCUGCCGAAUUGCAAGCCAAAGCACUAUGAUGGUGAAGAAGUGGAUAAAGAGUACAAGCCUCACUCCAUCCCCCUGCGACAGUCGGUGCAGCCAUCCAAAAUCAUCAGUUACGGGCGCAGAGCAAACAGAUGCCAGCCUGAUGGUCCAGAGGAUCUGGCCCCACAUCCUCUCACCACUGGCUCUCAACUCAUCUCUGCGCCUGAACCCACAGAGGAAGACAUCGAGAAGAACCCAGAGCUGAAGAAACUACAGAUCUACGGCGCUGGACCUAAGAUGAUGGGGCUCGGGCUGGUCGCGAGGUAUAAAGGCAUAAGAAAGAAAGACGAGCUGCCUCAGACUGUCACCGUCAAAGAGGCGGCUGCGCCCGUUGAUCCCUCAGUGAAAGCCGAGCCACUGGCGCCUGCAGAGAAGCAGAGUGAAGGGGCCACAUCCAGUCCCCAGCCGCCUCCCCCCAGCAUCACCAUUAAGUCGGAAGUGAAGAAGGAGGAACCGGAGAACGGGAAAGACAAGGACACGGAGGAAGACGAUCCAGAGAAGCCGUGCACCAAAAUGACCAUGAGGCUUCGACGCAACCUCAACAACCCCCAAAGCGUCGAUUCGUUUGUGUGUCGAAUGUGUGGUCGGGGAGAUGAUGAUGAGAAACUCCUGCUGUGCGAUGGCUGUGAUGAUAACUACCACACCCACUGUUUACUGCCCCCCCUCACUGAUCCUCCCAAAGGCAACUGGCGAUGUCCCAAGUGUGUGGCAGAGGAGAUCAAGAAGCCAGCAGAAGCAUUCGGCUUUGAACAAGCUACACGAGAGUACACUCUGCAGAGUUUUGGGGAAAUGGCAGACGCCUUCAAAGCAGAUUACUUCAACAUGCCUGUCCACAUGGUUCCCACUGAGCUCGUGGAAAGGGAGUUCUGGAGGUUGGUCAGUAGCAUCGAGGAAGACGUGACUGUGGAGUACGGAGCAGAUAUACACUCCAAAGAGUUCGGCAGUGGCUUCCCGAUGGACAAUGGCAAGAAGAAGCUCACAACGGAAGAGGAGGAAUAUGCUCGCUCUGGCUGGAACUUGAAUGUGAUGCCCGUCCUGGAUCAGUCACUCCUGUGCCAUAUUAACGGAGACAUCUCUGGGAUGAAGGUGCCGUGGCUUUACGUCGGCAUGGUGUUCUCGGCUUUCUGCUGGCACAUCGAGGAUCACUGGAGCUACUCCAUCAACUACCUGCACUGGGGCGAACCCAAGACUUGGUACGGAGUUCCCUCUGUGGCAGCUGAGCGACUUGAGGAGGUGAUGAAGAAGAAGACGCCCGAGCUGUUUGAGUUUCAGCCUGACCUCCUGCACCAGCUGGUGACCAUCAUGAACCCCAAUAUCCUCAUGGCUCAUGGUGUACCGGUUGUACGCACUAACCAGUGUGCUGGCGAGUUCGUCAUCACCUUCCCCAGAGCCUACCACAGCGGCUUCAAUCAGGGAUAUAACUUUGCCGAAGCUGUCAACUUCUGCACUGCGGACUGGCUGCCUGCCGGCCGGUCCUGUAUUGAUCACUACCGCCGUCUGAGGAGGUAUUGUGUAUUCUCCCACGAGGAGCUCACCUGUAAAAUGGCUGCCAGCCCAGAGAAGCUAGAUCUUAACCUGGCCGCAGCCACACACCGGGAAAUGUUCAGUAUUGUUCAGGAGGAGAGGAAGCUGCGGAAGGGACUGAUGGAGCGGGGCAUCACCGAAGCGGAGCGCGAGGCGUUUGAGCUGCUGCCUGACGACGAGCGACAGUGUGAUAAGUGCAAGACCACAUGCUUCCUUUCUGCUUUGGCUUGUUCGAAAUGCCCCGAGCGGCUGGUGUGUCUCUAUCACACUCAGGAUCUGUGCAACUGCCCCACCGAAAAACUCUACCUCAGGUACAGAUAUACCCUGGACGAGUUGCUGGCCAUGCUUCACCGGUUAAAGGUCCGAUCGGAGUCUUUUGAUUCCUGGGCCAACAGAGUGAAAGAGGCACUUGAGCAAGAAGAGGGAAGCAAGAUAGGAAUUAAUGACCUGGAAACGCUGAAGACGGAGGCGUCGGACAAAAAGUUUCCAGACAACGAACUUCUCAGGAAACUCAACAAAGUCCUUAAAGACAUAGAGCGCUGCCAGCAGACGAGUAAUGAGCUCCUGGAGAAGUCAAAGAGCAGUGAAAGUAAGAUGACCUUGGCAGAGCUGAAGUCGUUGGUAGAGACGAUGAACAAUCUGCCCUGUGUGAUGAACAAGUUGGAGGAAAUGCAGGCGAUGCUGCAGACAGUGGAGGACUUCCAGAGCCAGGCUCAAGCAUUGGUCAGUGACCGGGACUGGAGGAGGGACUCGCCGCCCCCUGAGCGAUUGCAGACAUUGUUAGAGGAGGGGGGCAAGCUGCCCGUUGUGGUGCCAGAGUGUGAUUCGCUUCAGGGCCUAAAGGAGCAGGGCCACUGGCUGGCAGAGGUGAGGCGCACCCUGGGCACAGAAGGAGGCGAGAGGCAGGAGGUGACGUUGGAAGUGUUGAGGAUCCUGAUGCAGGCAGGAUGCAGUGUGCCCCAGAGCGUAUCGGUGGAGACGGCCAUGGGGGAGCUUCAGGAGCUGCUCACAAUCGCAGAGCGUUGGGAGGAGAAAGCAGAAAUCUGCCUCGAACAAAGCCAAAAACACCCCCUCUCCACCCUGGAGGCAAUAGUGAACGAGGCCCAGCUUAUCCCGGUCAGGCUUCCAAACAUUCUCUCUCUACAGGGCUGUCUCACACGAGCACGCGCCUGGGUCACAGACCUGGAGGAAAUCCAGAAUGGGGAGCAUUACCCGUGUCUGGAUGACCUGGAGGGCCUGGUGGCGAUUGGAAGGGAUCUGCCGGUCUUCAUGGAGGAGCUGAGGCAGCUGGAGCUGCAGGUGGCCAGCGCACACUCCUGGAGGGACAAGGCCACCAAGACCUUCCUGAAGAAGAGCAGUCAGCACAGUCUGCUAGAGGUUUUAUGUCCGUGUGCAAAACGGAGAGAGAGUAGAACUGGGACGGAGGCGUUGGAUGAUAUAUUGGAUGAUUCUGACACCAACACUCUGGGCCUCUCUGCUCAGGACCUGAGGGAUCCUGCCGCGAUUGUGAUGGCUUUCAAAGAGGGAGAGCACCAGGAGAAGGAGGCACUACUGAGGUUACAGAAACUGAACAUGUGUAAAUCUGGACUUAAAGCUUCAAGUUGCAAGGAGAACAAGGAGAACGGGAGGUGGGACGACCCCAUGGAGACAGACACAUCCAGCCACUCAGAGAACUCUGUAAAAGAGAAUGGUAACCACACCCGCGCCGCCCCCCCUCAGUCAGUGUGUGUGUGCGCCGGGCAGCCCCGCGCCCCUCAGCUCCGCUGCCACCUGUGUAAGGACUGGUUCCAUGGUGGCUGCGUUCCAUUCCCCUCCCUGCUCCCCUCUUCUGGACCACUGGCUAACCCGCUCUGCUGGUGGGACUGGGAAGCGCGUUUCUUGUGUCCGCAGUGCCAGCGGUCACGGCGCCCUCGCCUGGAGACUAUCCUGGCAUUACUUGUGGCCCUGCAGAGGCUGCCGGUGCGUCUCCCUGAAGGAGAGGCCCUGCAGUGUCUCACAGAGAGGGCCAUCACCUGGCAGGGUCGAGCUAAAGAGGCGCUGGAGGCGUCCGAGCUGCAGCCGGCUCUUCAGAAGCUGCAGGAACUCAAAGAGACUCUGCACAGUAAAGCAGAGAAAGACGAAGACAUGGAAAAGACGACAGAAAAGAGCUCCGUCAUAGUUUUGUCCGAUUCCGACGGAGGGGAGGGAGAGGAUGGAGUCAUCGAUCUGACUGCAGAGAAUUCACCGAAAAAGAAAACCAAGGAAAGCAACGGCACUCAGGCUGGAUGUGAAAAUGGCAUCAACAAGAAGUCAAACGUUACAGGUGUGGGGUCUCUGCUUCCCCUGCUGCCUUUACUGAAGGGCAAGGUGGUGGAGCUUUCCUCAGCCACCAGGAACCAGCUUGAGGAGCUGCAGCUGGAGGGAGACCUGUUGGAGGUGUCUCUGGACCAGACUCACAUCAUCCACCGGGUUCUCCAAGCUUCCUCUGUUCCACCUAGAGACGCACUGCACACACUCAUUCAGAUCGAGCUGGAAGAGCAGAGACGAACCAGUCGCAGCCGAGCCAAGGAUUCCAAAAGGAAGAGGAAGAGCCACAGAGGCGGGGACGGGGCCGGCGAGCGGUCACUGGACGCCUCGGAGUCAAAGAAAACCUGUCCCCUCAGCCACAGCCCCUCUCCUCACUUACCUGAUCAGACCAAACGAGAGAUUUUGUGAUGUAGUCAGCGCUGGAGCUCUGUGUGAAAGAAUCUGCAGAGGAGCUGAAGGGACAGAACAUUCUGUGCCAGAAAACCGUGUCAUUAUAGAAAGAUGCAGGACAUCCCCCCCUCCCCUCCUCCUCCUCCCUCCUCCACCCCUUCUCAUCCCUCCAUUCAGACAUACACAGAGCCACGACUCUUCCUCUACACUCCAUCCUCUCAUUCAUUACUCCUCCAGACCCGCUGUCCCUACCCAGACCUCCUCCUCCUCCUCCUCCUUCUCCCCCUCCUCCUCCACCUCCUCCCCCGUCAAACAUAUUAAAAGACUGUGUUGGACCGACGUGGGACUUAACGUAAUAGGAUUGUUCAUUGGUCUAGAGUUGUCUCUGAGGUCAGUCAGUAUGCUAUGUUAUCCCAAUUGUAUUACAUGCUUGUUCAGACGACGCCUGGCUCAGCAGCGGCAGGUCUCACUUCACUUGACCCCCCCCCCCACCCCCCCGGUUGGACGUCGGAUAAGCUAUUUGGUUCGUUUAGACACUUCUGUUCCCCUGACGCUGACGUACAGCAGGUUUUUUGACGGCUGAUCUUGGAAAACAGCUCCGUGGUUACACUUGUAUUUUUUUAGUUGUAUUGACUCUUGUGUUUGAGGCCGUUUUUUGAGGGGAUAUGCAUUUUGAAUAAACAGAGUAACUUUUGGGAAGUGUUAUAAACAGGCAUUAAUGUUUUUGGUGCUACUUUCCCAAAAUGGAUAUCUGUUCCUCCUGGUUUUGUCUCAUCUCCCUUCCCUCCAUUUUUUAAAAAGCUCUUCUUCUUGACUCCAUCUUUUUAUUCCUUUUCGACUCGACCUCUUUUUUUCCUUCUCGCUCGCCCCUCCCUCGUUCUCUCUCUUUGCAGAUUAAGGUAACUUCACUGUAACUCACUUUGUCACACAUUGUUUUGUUUCCUGGGUUCAAAUUAUAUUAUUAUUAUUAUUAUUAUUGAUAUUGCAGACACACAGUUGUCGUGAGUUUGUGUAUAAACUUUUCAUUUUAAUGUUGCCUUUGUUUCUUUUCACUCUUGUUAGAAAAAUAAAGGUUUAGAAUUGUUUAGGA